UUACCGGGAGGGUUAAAAAAAAAAAAAAAAAAAAAAAGUUGAGUCGGAAGUUUCCAGCGGUAGAGACGGGGUUUUCUCGCGCAGACAGCAGCGGGGAGGGGUGCGGGUCCAACAUGGGAAACGGGGUGUGCUCCCGCAGGCAGCGGAGGAUCUUCCAGUGUCUCCUGCUGGUCACGGUGGUCUGCGGGAUGAUGUACGGGGGGAUGAUAUCGUACGAGAUGCACAAACAGCUCAAGAGGACGGAGACCAUGGCGCUCAAGUACCAGCAACACCAAGAGUCUCUGUCGGCGCAGCUCCAAGUGGUGUACGAGCAUCGCUCCAGGUUAGAGAAGUCUCUUCAGAAGGAGAGGUUAGAGCACAAAAAGGCCAAAGAAGAUUAUCUGGUUUAUAAACUGGAAGCGCAACAGUCGCUCAACAAGGAGAAGCAAGACUCCAGCAGCAGAUUCAAUUCUCUACAAGUGCAACAUCAGAUGCUAAAGAACCAGCACGAUGACCUGAAGAAACAGUAUUACGAGCUGCAGGACCAGCACAAAGCCCAGGGCGAGGACCACGGCCGCCUGCUGGAUGAACACAGGGACCGCUACGAGAAACUGCAGCAAGUCAAAGAGGUGGAAGUCACCCAUCUCAAAGAUACUGUAUAUAACCUAAGGGAGGAAAAUAAACAGCUGAGGAAAGCCCACCAUGACAUUCACACACAGCUACAGGAUGCACAGGUUCAGCAUCAGGACCUGAAAGCUGCCCACAACCAGCUCGCACUGACACUGGAAGACCACAAGAGUGCGCUGGCUGCAGCUCAGGCGCAGGUGGAUGAAUACAAACAGCUGAAGGAGUCCCUGAACAGGGCACCCAGUCAGAGACAGCCUGAACAAAACCCUGCCCCUCAGCAGCCGCAAGCAGCUGCCAUAGCGCCCGAGUCCCAUGUUCAUGAAGCCAGACAGCAAGACACAAUACCGGUGCAGACGCACAAAGAGGAGCCCGCAGCCCAUGAGGAAGAACGCCAGCACACUGAGUCCAAAUUGAACCAUCAAGAGGAGGAGGUGCAUGCCCAGUCACAGCACACCUUAUCAGACAAAGAGGAGGACAGAGAGGGAGAGGCCGAAAGGAGGAGGGAGCUGGCGGAAGAGGAGAUGGCUCAAGCGGGACAGCCACAGAAGCUGGAAGAGGAUCCGGACCAACCACUUGAUGAGAUGCAGGAGGAAGAGGAGGAGCCAGAACCGGAACAGCCCGACGAGAACGCCCUGGACCAACAGAGACAACAGAUACAACCGGGUCCCCAUCAUGACACCCAGCUGCAGCACGAGGCGCACGCACAGGCGGGACAUGUGAAGUCGGCCUACGAGCAGCAGCAGGAGCAGCAGCGCCUGGAGGCUCAACGGGCCGAGGAGCGCAGGCAGAUCCAGAUGCACCAGGAGGCCCUGAAGGCCCAGAGAGACAGGGUGCUGAAGGAGAGGGAACAGAAGAUGAAGGAGCAGCAGGAGAGGGAGCAGCAGCAUCACAAGGAGGCCGACAGACGGGAGCAGAUGCUGAGAGAGGAGCACCAAAGGAAGAGGGCCCAGUAUGAAAAUAUGGACAAUGAUAUUGUCCAAGGAGAAGAUGAACGCCACACUGACGAUGAAGAAGAGAGAGAUGUUCAUAUGUUACACGAGGAGGAGGAGGAGAAACAAGGAGUGGAUCACAGAGUGCCUCCACAUCAGGGCGGCGUAGACGGUGAGCUGGACCCCGAGGACGAUCCCAACAACCAGGGCGAGGACGAGUUUGAAGAGGCCGAGGAUGAGCGGCCGCAGCACAGGGUCGGGGAAGAGGAAGAGGAGGCGGUGGAGGAGGAAGAGGAGCCGGCAGUGCCGGCCCAGCACAUAGACACGCACCACGGCCCUGAACAACCUGCCGUGGAGGAGGAACUGGUGAUGGCUGGAAACCCGGAUCAACAGGAAGAUACGCUGGACGACCAGUAUCAGGAGGAAGUAGAGGAUGAGGCUCAGGAGGACAUAGCUGGCGGGCAGAAGCGAGAGGAGGAGGAGGUGGAGGAGGAGGAUCCAUAUAAUGAGGAGAACAUAGAACAGGAUGAAGUAAAAAACCAGGAGGGACCAAAACCAGAGGGGGACCACAGGAAAGAGGGCGAGAAUAACGAGGAAGACAAUUACGAAGAGGAAGAAGAGGAAGCAGAGGAGGAAACUGCUGGUCGAGGCAAGGGAACCAAUCGGAGGGCAGAGAUGUAAGACGGACUUUUGCGGACUUUCGACCAGUUGCAGUGCCUUUUCGGCUGCCCACAGAGCCUAUCAGGUCUUUCUUUCCCUUGUUUCCCAAAGGAAUAAAACCAGCCAUUCAUUUAAAAUUCCAAUUAGAAAAAUUGGGAUACUAUGCCUGGAAGAUGGGAUGUCGUUCGAAACACUGUGAGGAUGGAACUGAGCAGCUUACACUGUGGAAAUGGACAAGAAUUUGUUGGGCAGAAAUGGGACGUAUACUGUAGUUUUUUUGUUUUUUUUUUGUUUUGUUUCAUUUUUUAUUCAUUCAUGCUUUUGUCUACUCGCACGUCUGCCUGAUUGCCUGAUCUGUUUUUAACAGCAGACAGGCAAGAGAAUGUAUUUUCAUCAUGUGCUGUCUUUGAGUAUGUAUAAAGAAAGCAAAGAUAAAUUAUGUUAUUCUGAGGUCCUCAUGCUCAAGCCUUUAUAUGUAUGUUUUAUGCAAACAGUUGUAUUCUUUGUAGAGUUCAAAUUUACAUCUCGUCAUUCCAAUCGAUCGAGUCGUUUUCUGUUAUUUAUUGUUGAUUGUAACAAUUCUGACAAUCGUAAAGAGGUGCGACAUUUCUUUUUAUUUCCCCAGACUGAACUAGUUAGUUUCACAGCGGCUUUUACCAACGUCUUGAUGCUCUAACACAGGAGUAUUUUCACUGGAUAUUUCUGCAAAUGCCGGUCUUUUAGGUCAUUUUACACUCAUAAAGCAAAGCAUUUCAAUAGGACAGAAGAGAUGAGCAUGCCAGUUAGUGCUGAACCUCUUGCAUAUUGCUUCAGCACAGCCUUAAAUCGAGGGCUGAUUCAUGUCGACUGCUGGUGUGAAUUAAAUUCACAAACUUUAGUUACUGUACAAUGUACGGUAAAAAAUACAUGCUGACAAUUUGUACAUUUUUCCACCAGUUAUAUUUGAUACAAAAACGUGGGAUUCCGAUUGUAUUGAACCACAUUUGUCAUCUGAAUGUUGUGCGUGGAAUAAAGAGGUCAAAGAAUUUCAGGUCACAGGGA